ACCAAUCAGUCAGUUCCCGCCAUAUUUGUUCAGGAUUUGCCGCGAACAAAAAUAGUGGUGAUCACCAGAGAUCACAAACAGCAUAAAACUCCAUAUAACUUUACACUAAUUCUCACAUAAAUAUAAAAUGGCUACAGGCGGCGUGUCUGGUACAACAGAAGCUUAUGAUGAUGCAGCUGAGGAAAGAAUUAUUAAUGAAGAAUAUAAAAUAUGGAAGAAAAAUACACCAUUUUUGUAUGACUUAGUGAUGACACAUGCAUUAGAAUGGCCUAGUCUCACUGUCCAGUGGCUUCCAGAUGUUACCAAACCAGAAGGAAAAGAUUAUUCAGUCCAUCGACUCAUACUUGGAACACAUACAUCUGAUGAACAAAAUCAUUUAGUUAUUGCCAGUGUACAACUACCAAAAGACGAAACUCAGUUUGAUGCUAGUCAUUAUGAUCAUGACAAAGGAGAAUUCGGUGGAUUUGGUACAGUCAGUGGUAAAAUUGAAAUCGAUAUAAAAAUAAAUCAUGAAGGUGAAGUAAACAGAGCACGAUUCAUGCCACAAAAUCCAUGCGUAAUAGCAACCAAAACACCAACAUCCGAUGUUCUAAUUUUCGAUUACACAAAGCAUCCAUCAAAACCAGAUCCUAACUCGGGUUGUAAUCCAGAACUUCGACUGAAAGGACAUUCAAAAGAAGGUUACGGUUUAUCCUGGAAUCCCAACUUAAGUGGUCACUUACUCAGCGCUUCCGAUGAUCAUACGAUAUGUUUGUGGGACUUAAAAACAGCAGCUAAAGAAGCAAAGACACUAGACGCUGCCCGGAUUUUUAACGGUCAUUCUGAUGUGGUGGAGGAUGUUUCCUGGCAUUUGUUACACGAGAGUCUGUUUGGAUCAGUGGCUGAUGAUCAUAAGUUGAUGAUCUGGGACACUAGAAGAGGAAGCAACAACAAGCCCAGUCAUACUGUUGAUGCACACACAGCCGAGGUCAACUGUUUAUCUUUUAAUCCAUACAGUGAAUUCAUUCUUGCCACCGGCUCAGCUGAUAAGACUGUUGCAUUAUGGGAUUUACGGAACUUGCGAUUAAAACUACAUUCUUUCGAAUCUCACAAAGACGAAAUUUUCCAGGUUCAGUGGUCACCCCAUAACGAGACUAUAUUAGCCUCAAGUGGAACUGACCGUCGCCUGCAUGUAUGGGAUUUAAGUAAAAUAGGAGAAGAACAAAGCUCAGAAGAUGCUGAAGAUGGCCCGCCUGAACUUCUGUUUAUCCACGGUGGUCACACUGCAAAAAUAUCAGAUUUUGCUUGGAAUCCAAGCGAUCCCUGGGUAAUCUGUAGUGUGUCAGAAGAUAAUAUCAUGCAAGUUUGGCAAAUGGCGGAAAAUAUAUAUAACGACGAAGAAAUCGAUACACCAGCAGGCGAACUCGAGUCACGUCAACAAACGCAGACAUCGUAAAAAGAACGCGAUAGUGAAAUGUUCGUUUCAUUAUCGAUACUCGUCUAACGUUAAUAAACGAAAAAGAAGUGGCCUAAUAUUUUGUUGCUGUUGCGCUAAAUCGGACAAUGCGGAGACUUUUAGGAAGUACUGUAAACGUAGAAAAUAUAUAUAAAAAAAUUAAGAUUUUUUCCUAAAGAAAAUUCGUUUUAGACAACUUAACAAAACAAAAUUGUGUUCGAGCAUAUUUUUCCUAGAAAUAAAAUUUUAAAAUUUACAAAAAAGUAUAUUAAAAUACCGUAACCGAAACAAUAUGUAUAUUCAGUUUUUAUUCUUGUUAUGAAUAUUUAUUUACACGGAUAUUGCGUCGAUCGACCGAAAGAUAGUCCUGUUUUGUUA